AUGUACUACCCUAUGAAACAACCAUAUGGCUUUGCACUCAUCAUUAACAUCAAAAGUUUCGACGGUAGAACUGACAAAGAUGUUGAAUUAGAUGAACGAACUGGUUCUGAUGUUGACGUAAAGAAAUUGCAAGACUUGUGGGAUCAACUGGGCUUCGAAGUACGAACGCACGUAGAUUUGAAAGCUCAUGAAAUUUACGGCGUGGUUCGCAAAAUGGCAAAUGCCGAUGCACUUCAAAAUUCAAGCUGCUUUGUGUGCUGUAUUAUGACUCAUGGUGAUAUGGGCGUGGUUUACGGUUCGGAUUCCAAGUCUCUUGACAUUAAGGAUAUCAUAGAUUUAUUUAAACAAGACAAUUGUUCAGCUUUAACUGAGAAGCCUAAGCUUUUUUUUAUCCAAGCUUGUAGGGGAUGUCAGGGUAGCCCUCCCGGUAUGCCAGAGAUCAAGCCAACACCAGAGUUGGAUGCCAGUGCUUUGUCCGAAGCAGAUGGUGAUGUUGAUUGUGACCACAUAAACGAUUCAACAUUUAGUCGUAGUGCUGAUCCAAGUGAAGCUCAUUUUUUAAUUGGAUAUUCAACAGUACCAGGUAAUCAAAGAUGUAUAUUCUCCUGUCUCUUGUUAUGGGCGCCGCAAGCGCAUGCGAGAAUUUCACUUAUUUCACUCGCGGAGGAUAGUGUGGAAAACCUAGUUCCUUAUUUUCGUGGAUGCGUAGUUUAUUCAAAGAAACAUCCGAAAAUCAUAUUACAAAUUGGAAGGAGUUAGGAGUUUAAUGCCACUAAUUAAAUAAAAAAAAAUUCAAAAUUUGCGUCAACAUAUUAAUCUUUUAGGCAAAAAUGUUUAACCAGUAUACAUCAUCUACAACUUUUCCGUUCUGUGGUGCCUUUCCUGAAAGAACUGUUUCUAGCGUCUUGUUUGUGCUUGCCCCAGCAUCCCUACCUCUUACAUUGAGGUGUAAAAUGUAAUUGUUUUAUUCUGACUGCCCUGGAGUGGUAUAAUGGUAUUCAUGAACAACAACCUUGCUAAACAUAACGAUUAAACUAGCCAAAUCAGUGACUCGAAGUGUUUUCAUUCUUUUUAAGGUAAUUCUAGUACAAAGUACAGAAGCUCAUUAGCAUAACUACUUUUAAUGGUUAAACUGCCAGUUACGCAGGCUUACCUAUACCGUACAGGUUAUAAAGUUGUUGUCUCGGAGAAUGGAUUUUAAGGUCAUUUUUCAUAUUUUACGAUCAUGCACCGGAUCCAGCGUAGAUUAUGUUCGAACACGCAGACGUGGUGUGUCUCUGAGCUAACUGAUCAAGAUCCAAUCCAUGGCACCUUAUAUCCCUAUUUUAUUCUUUAGACCAUGCGAGUUUCCGGAAUGUGAAAAUUGGGACGUGGUACAUCGAUGCGUUGGUUGAAAUAUUCAGUCAUUACCACAAAGAUGAAG